AUGUUUUUUUAUUUUGUAUUUUUACGUAGGGUGUUUCCUAACAUUGAAAAAGGUGCAAGGAAGCUCCUUUCAUCCUCUUCUAGUAGCGGUUGGCAUUAUAUCCAUAUAUUAGACGAAAUAAAUUUAAAUUCAAAGAAAAAACUUUCAAUUCCAAACAUUUCGGAUAUAUUUUCAUAUGAGAAUCAACAAGCACCAGAUCUUUACCUCGCUUAUUUGUCAGAAAAAGUAUAUAAUCAUCUUAAAAAACACAAAAAUCUCGAAAUUAUUCAUGCCGAGAAAGAUAUAAGCUGCAAUUAUUCAAAUUACCCAGCAGUUGUCAAAGCAUGCGAUAGUUGGAAUCCAAAAAAUUCUUUUUCAAAAUUGGCAAAAAAUAUUUUUCUUAUAAAUUCAAUCGAAAACGUUGAAACACUUAAAGAUGAUGAAUGCGUACUAUCCUGCCGCUAUGUGCCUUACAGAGAAUUCCAUAAUCGCUAUUCUACGGGAUAUAUUCAAAGUGGAAAGAAUGAACUCAGUUACAUUGAUGCUACCAGCUACGUUGUACCUAAAACUCUCAACCAAGACAAUAUCAAUGGCAAAGAUCAAAUAAUUACAUUUGUUGAUAAAUUAUUAGAUUAUAACCAUGAUUUAUUAACAGAUUCUGCAAAUCCUAUUGAUGGAUCGAUCAACCAAACUAAUUUAAACCACAGAAAAAUUGUUAGAAUUGAUAAAUUACCAACAUCUACAAUUGAUACAACAACAGGACACGGAACCCACACGUCUACGAUAUCUUCUGGCGAAUCACAAACUACUACAUCAGUUACGAGCUUAUACAACGGAAUUGCUCCGAAAUCAAAAAUUUAUUUUGUUGAUAUCAAUCUUCUUGAUACAAAAUCCACAGAAAACCUCCCGUUCUAUUUACAAACAAUGAAGGAGCUCGGUUCUGGCAUUUCUUCAAACAGUUGGGGAUAUUCGGAAUAUUUUCCAGAACUAACGCAAUAUUACGAUAAUAUAGCUUAUCAGAACCAAAAUAUUUUGUUUACUUUCUCUGCAGGUAACAAUGGAGGCUCUGUUUCAAUCAAUUCUCCAGGAGAUUCCAAAAAUGUUUUAACGGUAGGAGCUUCUUCCGCUCCAAGCAUCGCAAACAUAGAGAACGGCCAAAUAAGUUACUUUUUGACCGAUGGAACCCAUUCAAUUCCUGUUCAAUCGGUUCCAUCACAUUCAAUUCCACUUUUAACGAGAGAUUCUCCUUUAGUCAGCUAUAAAGACCUUCAAAUAUCAACUACUGCUGCAGAUGGUGUUUGUAUCUCUGAAAAUACUGAUGUUUGUUCAGAUUUAGAAGCUGCAAUUACAGCAAACUCGAGAUUAUUUGUUUAUUCAGGUUCUUUCUGUCAAACGGCACAGAACAAUGCAAUUGCCGCUGUUGAAAUUAAUUCUAAUGAUGUUUCUACGUUGAAAACUUUUUCAUCAGUUACAUUAACCAUAAAAACAUCUAAUUUGACAACAAUUAGCAUGUACCAGAACUCUUGUAGAGGACCAACAAAGAAUGGCAUUGCAAAACCUGAAAUUGUAGCUCCAGGAGAAAAUAUAAUUUCUGGAUUGCCCGGAGCAACAGGAAAUAGCUUUUCUGCACUGACAGCGAGGUCAGGAACAUCAAUGUCAGUGGCAUUGAUAAGCGGAGCUGCUUCUUUGAUAAGACAAUACUUUAUGGAGUCCAAAUAUGACUCAAAAGCCAUAACUCCUUCGUCAGCGUUGAUAAAAGCGGUACUUGCUAAUGGAGCUGUCCAGAUUCCAUCGAUUUCAAGCGUUUCUUCGACGAUUUCAGGAUAUGGAAUUCCAAACCUUUCGAAAUCGUUCGGAAUCCAUUCAUCUACAUCAAACUCAAAACGGUUACUCUCAGAAAAUGGAGAAAUUUCUGAAGAUGAAGAAAAUAUUAUGAGAUAUCAAAGGAAACCAUUAGAAUCUGAUACUCCAUCAGUUUAUUUCGUUGAUAAUGUUAAUAUUGCCAGCGAUUCUUCGCAUGUUUACUCGAUAAUGAUAACAAAUUCUUCCCAGAACCUAAGUAUCACUAUGUCAUACACUGAUGCACCAGUAGAUGCAAAUUAUCCACUUUACGCGGACAUUUCUAUUUAUUUAGAAAAGGAUUCUUUGAAAUAUGUCGGAAAUGACCUCGCAAACUUCUCAGAAGAAAGAGCUUCUACAACAGAAAGAAUUAUUGUCCAAAAUCCAGCCGUUGGACAAUACAAACUCCAUGUUUUCUCCAACGAAUUUAAUCUCGACGGAUCAACAUUCCAAAUUAGCUAUUCCUUGGCAAUAUCAGGAUGUUUCAGUGAAGUAACAAAGUUAACUCAAUCGGAAUGUCCUAAAAACUGCCAAGGAACGUGUCAAGGAACGAAAUGCAUUUGUGAUAGUUCCCAUCUCGGUUAUUUCUGCCAAACGGAAGCUCCUUUUGCCAAAGUCAACAAAUCCUUCUUAACAACUUCGUAUCCAAGAGUUUUCAAGUUUUUCAGAGCGAGUAUUCCUGAAAACAGCAAUUGGACGGCCAAAGUUACAUGCAGCAACACGAUAAAUGCGAGAUUAUGCAUUUGCGGGCGCUCUAUUACCAAAUACUGCUUCUGCAACAGGUUUAAUACGAAAUCUGACAUUGAAUUGUACGAAAACAAGCAAUUGACUGAAGUUUUCAUUGCUGUUCAGACAUUCUCUGAAAACAAUGAGACAAUCAAGUUCUUUAAUGGAGAUAUUACGCUUGCAGACAAAGAUGAUCCAGAUGACACGAAUUCUACCGAUAAAGUCAUCAAUGGCAAUUUGCCAACUGGAUCAAUCAUCGGAAUCAUCGCUGCUGUUGUUGUUCUGAUUGGAAUCAUCGUUGGACUUGUUAUUUACUUGUGGAAGAAGAAAAUGUCUGAUAAAAAGGUUGAAGCUUCAAUUGACGAUGAUUUCAACAAUAACAAUGAUAUCCAGGCAAAGUUGGAUUCGAUAUUCAAAUAA